UUUGAUGUCAAAACAUUGAAUGGCAGAGCCUUACAACUUAGCACCUCAUGGAGUACCCUCGUGUCACAAGGAGAUUUGCAAUAAACCAGGUGACGAAAGCUCCGAGUCUUACAAUUCCUUCUCGGGCGCGUCCAGUGGGUCCUUGUGCUCAUCAGCUUCCAACGUGUCUGAUGAUGCAACUUCUUCCCCACCUGGCCAUCGCUCUGAGCCAUCCUCAGCAUCUUCGAGCACGUUGCAUCUGGACGCCGAGGGUCCCCUGUAUGAGUUAUCCUCGCUGCUAGAUGAGCUUCCAAUCAGGAAAGGGCUGUCCAAUUACUACCAAGGGAAGGCCCAAUCAUUCACGUCUAUAUCUGAUGCUACAAGUGUUCAAGACCUUGCAAAGAAAGUUUCAUACAGUAAGAGGAUGAGAGCAAGCAAAAGCUAUUCAGUAGGAUUAGACAUGAACCAACGGACAAUCAUUGUAUCAAGGCCGUGCAACAAGAUGAUAGCAAAGAGGCCCUCAAAUGGUUCAUUUGCUAGAGUAAUGCCAGGAACUAGCAACACCAGCAAUUUGAACAUCAGCACUAAAUCAUAUGCCCACCAGAACAAGAGAGUUGCAACACAUAUUGAUCUGUAACAAAGGGAAAACUAGGGUGACAAGCCUCCACUUUCCAUUGACGAGCUGUGCUUCGUGUGUGCUUUAUGCAUGAAAAUCUGAACAAUAUUUGUUUCUACAAUCAACCUGAUUUCUUAUG